UGUGUUUGCCCUGUUCUGUGUAUUCAGCCAGCAGGCUCCGGACCAGGAAGCGUAAGGCAGGGAGUGGGGCUCAGUGGAUAAACUGGCCCUGCACAGUACCAGCAGCAACACAGGACCCUGAGUGGCUCCAGGUGACGCCAGGAAACUGAAGAGACUCCCACAGGGGCUCAGCAGGAACAAUGGGUAACCAGCUGAGUGUUCCACAAAGGGCUGAGGAGGAGGAGCACCACUGGGAAGCAAGCUCUUACAAGGUAACAUCUGACGAUGAGUGUGCUCAGAACGGGACACCGGUGAUCAUAUCGACCCGCACCACUCAGCACUAUGACGAAGUCGGUCUGGAAAUAAGCGUCCAGAAGGAUAAUGUGGCUACUUCUUCCCCCAACACAAUGGAGAUCGGCACUGCGGCCGUUGCCAGCGGAAAGAAUCUUGGGAAAGAGGCCAAGCCCGAGGCACCAGCUGUUAAAUCUCGCUUUUUCUUGGCAUUCUCUCGGCCUGUACCAGGACGUCCCGGAGACCAAGGCACGGAUUCAUCCACGCAAGCAGCGAAGCUUGAUGUCAGCUCCAACUCAGAGCCAGCAAACAAAGACCCGAGUGACAGCCCGGCCCUUUGCGAAGCAGCUGCACAGGGACCAGCCACGGAUAAAAUCCCAGCACCGAGCACGACCCCCGGGGACCAGGCCCUCCCGGCCACCUGGGCACAGGCACCUCUCCCACCUGAGCCCGUGGCUGCCGCCCCCUCCAAGAGCAAGGACUCCAGUUUUUUUGACAAAUUUUUCAAACUGGACAAGGGACGGGAAAAAGCGGCAGCUGAAGACCAGCGUCAGGAAGCCCAGGAGGCCACGCAGCAGGGCAAGGCCGAGGAGGUCCCGGGGCUGUCCGGGCCGCCCCAUGGUGGCCCUGCCGGGGAGGAUAUAGCUGACGGCCAAGAAACAGAAGGACGAGAAAUUGAAAGUUCACAGGGCUCCAUCUCUGGGGACCUGGAAGGGCUGAGGACUGCAGAGGAAGACGCCCAGACAACCGACACGACGGCCAGUAACACGUCCAUCAUGAGCUUCUUCAGAACUCUGGUUUCACCUAACAAGGCAGAAACAAAGAAAGAUCCAGAAGACACGAAGGCAUCCAAAGCAGAAAUCGUCUGUGAUGGCCAAGCUGGCCAGAAGAUGGCCGAGACCCAGGCAAAAGGCAGCAAGAAAAAGCACCUGGAGAGCCCCAGGCUAGGACUCACCUUUAGAAAAUUCUUUAGACAUCAGGGCGCUGAGAAAUCCCCCAGCACCCCAGCCAAGCUCAAGUCAGACAAAGCUAACUCUCCUCCCCGGGAGACCCAGAGCCCCAAAGGCUGCCCACCACCGGGGCAGGCGCCGUCCACAGCAACCAGCGGGACAGCCAAGGAAGGUGACAAGGAGAAGACAGGCCCCACCUCCCUGCCGCUGGGCAAACUGUUCUGGAAGAAGUCAGUCAAAGAGGAAUCAGUCCCCACAGGUGCCCAGGAGAAUGUGGUGUGCGAAUCACCAGUAGAGACUGUAAAGUCUGAGGAAGUAGAGUCACCCUUGCAAACAGCGGAGCUCAGUGAGGAGAGAGGCACCCCGCCUGCACCCGCAGACACCAAAGGCAGGAGAGAAGGCCGGCCGCGGAGGACCUCCCUGAUGGCGCUUCUCAGACAAGUGUCAGUGAGAGGGGAUGGAGGGAUCAGCCACUCGGAAAAAAUAAAUGGGAAGGACUCCGACAACCAAACAUCCAACCCCACGGAGAAGGCCCCCACGCCAAAGGCCACCACGCCGCCACCAGAGCCGGAGCCCACGGCAGCGACCCCCAAGGGGAAAGAGGGCCCCUCCAAGGACAAGAAGGCAGCAGCGGCGAUGAACAAGAGGAAGAGCAGCCGGCAGGAGGCCGAGGAGCCGGCGCGGUGCGCGGAGCAGGCCGCAGUGCAGGUCAGCGCGCUGCAGAACGGGGACAGGGCCCCGAAGAGACCCGAGAAGCGGCGGCAGUCCCUCGGGGGCUUCCUCAAAGGCCUGGGACCGAAGCGGAUGUCCGAUGCUCAAGUGCAAACAGACCCGGUGUCCAUCGGGCCACCCGGCAAAUCCAAGUAAAUAAGUCCCACAGGUCCAGCCCGGUUUGGAGACAGAGGCAUCUUCCCCCUACGCCAGCCCCACACACGCUCUGUAUAUAUUUUUUUCUUCUCACGCCCAGCAAAUGAAAUUCUGCCUACACAUUAAGCCUGAGCUGUUGUAUAUUGGGGUGUAUUAUUUAUGUCUCUGGCCCAGCCUUUCCCGGAAAAUCACUGUAAAGAUGGGUUAGCAAGUUAGCUGGCGGGGUGGGAGGGGUCGGCGACUGCCAAGGGGGCGGCAGGAGGGAGGGACACGGUGGAUUUCGUUGUGAACCAGUGGCAGAGACAAGGUAGUGGCAGAAGAAGAGCUUCUGAGAGUUAAGCCUUGUACAGAGCCGUGUCAUCGGCUGCGGAGAAGAGGAGAGGGUGCAGUUUAGGUUCAGGCUGCCAGGAGGGGGCACUCAAGCUGGAUGUACCAGCUUCCUGGAACAGAAAGUGCGGGGCAAGAGAAAGGAAUGAGUCAGAGUCGGUCUUCACACAGGGCCCCCGAAAGUUAUCGAUGAGAGAUACACGAUCGACUGGGGCGACUGAAAUGAUUUGGGAAAACAAACGCUUUGGAGGCUCAGGAAGGAGGACCAGGAUCCCAAUUUAAAUGAAAUAAACCAAUGAAGUUGUGAGUUUGUUUUGCAACACAAGGGGGCGCCAGCGCCCCCGUGUUUGGGCGGCGUUCUGCAUCCUUAACGAUGCUGAGGUCUCUGCGAUCUUACAUUAUUAAUGCUCCUCAGAUGGCGGAGGGGCUGGCUUCAUCUGUUCUGUCUGACACUUAUCUCAAGCCUGUCUGUAAUUUCCUAAUGCUUUCGGGAUGUGCUCUGAUAAAACCUUCCUCAUAACCCCAGUUAAUAAAAAUUGACAGAAUAUUAUUCAAA